UGCUAAUCUGCAUAUUAUAAUGCGCGAUACCGUGAUAAGCGAUGAAAAAUUUCGCGAAAGCUCCAAGCUCACGUCUACCGUUGUCGCGUCGGAUACGGUUGUGACUAAUUUUACUUUAGUUUCUAUUGCUAUUAUGAACUGUGGCGCCGUUGCAGCACGUGAUUAACAGGUAACGCACGCGUUCCAGAUAGACGGCCAUCAAUAUGGGCUUAUUCGGUAAAUCGCCCUCCGUCGAUCCUAAGGAUCAAGUAAAACAAUGGACGUCAACCAUACGCAAAGAGAUUUAUAAACUGGACCGACAGAUAAGAGGCAUACAGCGAGAAGAAGAAAAAGUUAAACGUUCGAUGAAAGAAGCAGCCAAGAAGGGAAACAAAGAUGUGUGCAUCAUUCUGGCCAAAGAAAUACUAAGGUCACGCAAAACCAUCAAUAAACUGAUUACUUCCAAGACGCAUAUGAGUUCUAUUCAAAUGCAAAUGAAAAACCAGUUGUCUGUGCUGAGAAUGGCUGGUUCACUGCAAAAGUCUACAGAAGUAAUGCAGACAAUGCACAAUUUGAUCAAAGUACCUGAAGUUGCAGCUACUAUGAGAGAUUUGUCCAAGGAAAUGAUGAAGGCUGGAAUCAUUGAAGAAAUGUUAGAUGAUACAAUGGAAAAUGUAAUGGAUGAUCCUGAAGAUAUGGAAGAAGAAGCUCAAUCAGAAAUUGAUAAAGUAUUAUGGGAAAUUACAGCUGGGGCAUUAGGUCAAGCACCCAUGGCAGUUACUGAAACACCGGGGGGUUCAGUAUUACAAGAAACUGAAACAGUUGAAGAGGACGGUGACCUAGAAGAAAUGAAAAAUCGCUUACAGGCAUUAAAAAGCUAAAUAGAGGUAUAAUAAAACUGCUAAAAUUACAUAAAACACUAUGUCCUAAAAAAACAGAAUUUAUUAUAAAUAAUAAAUUCAAAUAAUUUAAGUUAAGAAACAACUAUUAAUUUUACUAGGAAAAUUGGAACACUAAUGGUUUUUUUUAAUAUUAAAUCAAUUGCAAAUUUGUUAAGGUUCAAUAUAUUUUUAUCAAAUAAUGUAUUAAAGUUUAUAACUUAACUUACUUAGUAAGACUAAAAUUUAGAAAUUAGUGUUUUGCACCAGAUAUAUUUUAUUUUGUCAAAACUUAAUUGGGGUGUUGUUGAGAUUUAUGUUCUUACAAUAAAAGUCUUUUAUGAAA